AUGAUUGCUCAUACAAGCAAGUUUAAGGAUAACGAGAGUCUCUUUUCAUACUUUCUCAGAGGCAAAGUUGACCAUCCUCUGGAAAUUCUACUUGAUCAAGAAAAGUAUGACUUUAGGAUAAGACCAAAUUACGACGAAUCCCAUUGUGGGUUUUUUCAAUCUGUUGUCUUUUCUCUAUUUCCAGGGGGGCCUGUUGUUGUCACAGUUGGUUUUUACUUGUUGUCUAUCAACUCCAUCAAUGUAGUUGAUAUGGAUUUCACGUUUGAUGUUUUCUUAAGGCAACAAUGGAUCGACAAAAGACUGGAUCAUGGAACCAAUCAGACGUUAUACCUCAGCAAUCAUGUGAAUGACCUUAUUUGGAUACCUGACUCGUAUUUUGUGAACGCCAAAAAUGGUGAAAUGCAUGAUGUCACAAGCAGCAAUGUGAUGAUCAUGUUGGCUCCGGGGGGAUUGGUUAAGUACAAUGCACGGAUCACUAUCAAAGCUUAUUGUCCCAUGAAUCUACAAGAUUUUCCAAUGGACGUACAAAGAUGUCCUAUCACCAUAGAAAGUUAUGGGUACAGUGAUACGCACAUCACUUUUCGAUGGGAAACUUCAAGUGGAAUGGACUUUGUACCCGAUACUCUGCAAAUGCAUCCUCAGUAUAUUCUUACUGAUAUGGAACUGUCCCAGUCCUUCACGGCUUAUGUUGCAGCCAACUGGACAGGAGUAACGGCAACAUUUGUCUUUGAAAGAAUCUACAGUUAUUUUAUCUAUCAUGUGUAUGCACCGUCCGUGAUUGUGGUCAUCUUGUCGUGGGUUGGUUUUGUACUCCCACGUGACACACCACCAGCACGCGUGACACUUGCUGUCACUGCAGUUUUGACGAUUGUUACUAUCCUCACUAUGCUGAACAGUUCUAUUGCAAAGGUAGGGAGGAACACUGUCGUUCUAAUAGUUCUUUUUGGUUUGCAGGUGAAUUACGUCAAAAAGAUUGACGUGUACCUCAUUUGCUGUUUCUUAUUUGUCUUUGCAUCCUUGGUUGAGUAUUCAAUAAUCUUACUUGUGUUAUCACAAGUGAAAAAAAUGCGGAAGAGGCUGGACGCGAAUGAGAAGUUGUACAGCAGUGUAGAGGACAGUCCUGACAGCGACACGCAUUCAAGCAGUCUCUUAACCCACAGCCGUAAGCGACUCAGGACCGCCAUGUUCCUCAUAAAAACUCGCAUCUAUACGGUUUCGUUUGUUUCUGCUCUGGAUGAUUAUUCGCUUUAUGUGUUUCCGGCUGGUUUUGCGCUUUUCAAUGUUGUUUACUGGCUUGAUACUUUUAAAUGGAUCUAAUGCAGUUGCAGUCAGCAACUCUCUUCUAAUUUCCUUUCUUUUAACGACUUCCAGCUCAAAUCCAAUGUAUAAUGAAACUUGCAGACUUAUGAAUACAUGAUCAUCGCGGUUAUACACUGUCACAACUUAGUAAGCAGCUGUGAAAUUAAAGCCUGAAAAAAAUGCAGGCCUGAAAGGGAU